AUGCCAUCACCCUCAACCGAAGCAGGCCUCGCAGCCCGCCAGGCCGCCGAAGCCCGCUUCACCGCCAACAACCCGCUCUCUCAACAGCAACACACUGUCGCUCUCGGCUCGCUCCCCGGCGGCAACACCCGCAGCAUCCUGCACACCUCGCCUUUCCCGCUGACCAUGAAGAAGGGCAUCGACUCGUAUGUUUGGGAUGUUGACGGGCACAGAUACCUCGACCUAGUCGGCGAAUUCUCCGCCGGUCUCCUCGGGCACUCCCACCCAACCAUCCGGCGCACCAUCCAGAACACCCUCUCCCCAGAACAAGGCGAAGGCCCCGGCAUCUCCCUAGGCGCCACCACCCCCCACGAACAAACCUACGCCGCCACCCUCUGCACCCGCUUCCACCUCGACCGUGUGCGUCUCACCAACUCCGGCACCGAAGCCAAUCUUCACGCCCUCGCCGGCGCCCGGCACUACAUGAACACACGCCACGGCAGUAGCGGUGCUGGCGGGCCUCGGUGGAGAAAGGUGGUUGUUUUCAGUGGCGGGUACCAUGGUGCGGUGUUGGCUUUUGGGAAUGGGGAACCGGCGGCGAAUACGGUAGACAGAAAGGAUUUUGUGGUUGUGCCGCGGUAUAACGAUCUCGCCUUAGCAAGGGAGGUGAUUGAACGGACGGCUGGGGUGGCUGCGGUUUUGGUGGAAGCCGUCCAGGGCGCGGGGGGCGGGAUUCCUGGGACGAGGGAGUUUUUGAUGGGGGUGCGGGAGGCUGCGAGGGAGAAGGGCGCGGUGUUUAUCUUGGACGAGGUUAUGACCAGCCGGUUGGCGCCGGGUGGGCUUGGGACAGAGUUGGGGCUAGACCCGGAUAUGGUGACGUUGGGCAAGUAUUUAGGCGGGGGGUUAGCGAUCGGGGCGUUUGGUGGGAAAGAGGAGAUUAUGAGGGUGUUUGAUCCGCGGGUGGAAGGGGGGUUGGCGCAUUCGGGGACGUUUAAUAAUAACACGCUGGUGGUGACGGUGGGGAGGGUGGUGUUGGAGGAGGUGUAUACGCCGGAGGUGUGUCGGGAGUUCAAUGAGCGGGCGGAGAGGUUUAGGGAGAGGUUGGUGGCGGUUGCGAAGGGGUCGAGAUUGAGUUUUACGGGGAGGGGGUCGUUGAUUGGAUUGCAUUUUACGGAAGGGGGGUUGGAGGAGGUGAGGUGUGGAGAGGAUGUGAGGGCGCAGGAGAGGGGGGAUUUGAAGGAUUUGUUCUGGUUUGAGUUUAUUGAGGCGGGGUUUUGGACUACGAGACGGGGGUUUUUGUGCUUGAUUCUCGGGACGCCGGAGGAGGAGUUGGAUCGGUUUGUGGAGGCUGUGAGGGGGAUUCUGGAGAAGCACAAGGAUUUGAUGAUGUUGUAG